AUGUUCUCCUCUUCAAGAAUUCUUCGCCUCUCGUUUGCCGCUAGAAAGAACACCUCUCUGUUCUCAUCAUCAUCAUGCCUAAAAUCAUGUUCUGUGGCCACUCCAAAGGCUUCUUCCUUCUCAUCAAUCUACCCAACAAGUAAGAGAUUUUUCUCUACCAACAACAACAUAAAUAGGGAACAACAAACCGGAGACUCAUCUGAAGUGAAAGGUAUCAUUACACCUGAUUUGUUCACUAAAAACAGAAAUGAAUUGAAACAACUUUUCACUAGCGAAUUGGAAAAGAUUGUUACUAAAAUAACUCAAGAAGAUGGAUAUGUACCACAUGAUAUUUACAACUUUGCAUUGGGUGAACACAAUUUGAGAUUUAAAGUAUUCAAAGCUGCGAUGGCACGUUUCGGAAGAGAAAUUCCAAAUACAGAUUUACCUAAAAUUCUUAAAGUGAGAGAUCUUGUUGAAUGGUUUAUUGUACGAGUUGAUAAGGAGAGACCACCACAAACCUAUGAAGUUCCCGAAAAUGUUAAAUUAUUCAUUGAUAAACAUCAAGGAAAAAAGCUGAGAGACUUGAAUGAAAAGAAUGCUUUCACCGUUGCUGAGCCACAACAAACAACAUCCGAGCCACAACAAACCCAACAACAAUAA